AUGCCUUCGCCAAAGGAGAAUAAUAUGAUCGUCGACUUAACUAGUGGCUUGCCGCCGGUCCACACUGAUCAAGAGGCUAACCAACCUUAUUCGAAGCCAAAUCGGACGUCAAACGAUCUUCCGCAUCAUCAUAUCUUCUUCAGUCCAUUGUCUAACACAAUUCAAUUAUUCUUUUUAUUAUUAAAUCCAUCUGAGAGGGAGUUCUAUAGGAUGGCUCCCACACUCAUUUCCUCACCGCCCACUCUCCGCAUCACCCCCGAGCCACUCACGCCGCAGGCCUUCGCCCCCUUUGGCACCGUGAUAACAACACCCUUCCCACGAGACCUCCUCAGUGCCCCCAACAACCUGCCAUCCCUCGAACUCCCUCACCCAGUCCCCGCAACGCCCGUAUACGCCAAUCAAGGCUCCGCCGUGAAAAUCAGUCCCAUCGCUCCUCUCGCCAACGGCUACGAGAACGAUGUCUGCCCCAGCGGCAAAGCCGCACAAGCGCGUCUAAGCAUGUUUGCAUGCUUUCCACGCAAACCUCGGCGCGAAAAACAGGGCAAACAUGAGGAGUUCGACACACCCGUUUUUGACGUGCGUAUCCUCGAACGACAUCCCUAUACAACCCAGACUUUUGUCCCGCUCGAUCUGUCGAGUCAGAAACGUGUGUUGCGGGAUCGUCAGCCGGAUAAGAAAAGCCAUAAUUGGCAGGGGUAUGGGGAAGGGGAUGUGGAUUUGAUGCUGGGUGGGUCUGCGGAUCAGGAAGAGGAGCAGGAAGAGCCUGUUUUUUUGGUGAUUGUUGCGCCGACGUUGAAGGGGCAGGCAGCAGCAGCUACGACAGCUACCACUCCAGGCUCUAUAACAGACUCGAUCGAUGAAGCUAGUGGCACUGCGGAUAAGAAUCGCGUGCUCAUUCGGGAUCCGCCGGAUUUGGAGAAUCUAAGAGCCUUUAUUGCGCGUGGCGGUCAGGCUGUUACGUAUGGUGCGGGCACGUGGCAUGCCCCCAUGGUUGUGUUGGGUUCACGACGGAUUGAUUUCGUUGUCAUGCAGUAUGUGAACGGCGUUGACAAUGAGGACUGUCAAGAGGCUGCCUUCAAAGAUGGGAUUGUGGUUGAUUUGAAGUCCUUGAGUGAGGAGGAAGAUGAGUUGUGGGACGAUGUGAAGAAACUAUCGAAAUUAUAG